AUGAAGGCCGGAUUAUUGGUGUCUUCAACACUUUCACUUUUCUGUGCUGUGGCGUAUGCGUCUGUGUAUGAGGCAUACCCUGUUAACAAGCAGAUUCCUCCAAUCGCGAGAGUCGAUGAGGACUUUCAAUUCAAGAUUUCAAAUGAUACUUUCAAGUCUACGAGCGACGGUUCGGUGCAGGUGUCUUACAACGCGUACGAAAUGCCAAACUGGCUUUCGUUUGACUCCGGGUCGCUGACUUUCUCCGGUAAGCCAUCGUUGGACUUCCUGGAAGGUGAGGAGACGAGAUAUUUCAAUGUGGUUCUCGAAGGUACGGAUUCCUCGGACUCGAGCUCUUCCAACACUACUUGUCAGCUGGUAGCCACUAAGAGAUCUGGUAUUUCGGUCGCUAGCGACUUCAACCUACUUAACCUUUUGAAAAACUAUGGCUUCACUAAUGGUAAAGAUGCGCUCAAACUGUCACCAAGAGACAUCUUCAACGUCACUUUCGAAAGAAGCUACUUUGAGGGCUUGGACAACGAUACUGUGCUCACGUACUACGGUAGAAGCACCCAAUACAACGCACCUUUACCAAAUUGGGUGUUCUUCGACGUGAAUAACCUGAAGUUUAGUGGAACCGCUCCCGUGGUGAACUCGCAAAUAGCACCUGAAAUGGACUAUUCAUUUUCUCUGAUUGCGACUGAUAUCGACGGGUUUGCAGCAGCCAGUAUCGAUUUCCAAAUAGUGGUGGGUGCUCACAGGCUAACAACCUCUAUUGAGAACACUUUGGUCAUCAAUAUCACUGAUAGCGGCUCCUUCAGUUAUCCUAUCCCAUUGGACUACAUUUAUUUAGAUGACACCGUCAUUUCGAAAAGUGACUUGGGUAAUAUUGAAUUGGUGAACGCUCCAGAAUCCAUAAAAAUUUCCGAUAAUUAUACUUUGACAGGAAAACUACCUUCCGACAAUGAAACAUCAUCCUUCCAGCUUUCUAUCUAUGAUAAGUACGAAGAUGUCGUAUACUUGAACUUCCUAGUUGAAUCGACACAGAAUCUAUUUGCCAUUGCCUCGUUUCCUAGUGUCAACGUGACAAGGGGAGAAUAUUUUGAUUACUCUUUAUUGCCAUCUCAAUUCACCUCUUUCAGUGAAACAAAAGUUUCUGCUAGUUUCAACUCUGAAAACAACUGGCUACACUUCCAACCUUCCAACCUAACCUUUUUCGGAGAAGUUCCAAAUGAUUUCGACAGUUUAUCUGUUGAAAUAGUGGCCGCUGUUGGCUCAAAGAAGGAAAGCCGUACGUUGAAGAUGAUUGGAAUUGAUGGUAAAACACAUUCUCAUACUUCCUCUUCUACAUCAUCUUCUGCAUCAUCAUCUAGCACUUCUUCCGUUACAUCUACAGUUGAUGGGAAAUCAACUGCAACAGCUACCUCAACAAGUACCGUGACACCAGAUGCGAUUAACAAGAAGAAAAAGUCCAACAAUACUGUUGCAAUUGCAUGUGGUGUAGCCAUUCCUGUGGCUGUGAUCUUGAUCUUGUUAUUGUUAUUACUACUGUGGAGAAGAAGACGCAAUGAAAAGAAAAAUAAUGAUAAAGAAAAGAUGGCCAUCAGUAGUCCUGAUCCUAAGAAUCCUGCCAACGAACCUAACGACAUUGGUGCUGAAAAUCCUUUCUCCGAUGAAAAUACAUUAGAUUCCGACGACCUUUCAACAGAGGCCAAAAGAUUGGGAACUUUGAAUGCCAUGAAACUUGAUGACGUCAGUAACUCUUCCUCAAUAACCUUCUCUGAUGAAAAAGUCGGUGAAUCCAUAUACGAAGAUGCUCAAAUGGCAACUAGUAGAGACAUGCUCGUUCGUGAUGAUGAGUCUUCUGUGUUUGAUGACAAGUAUAGAACUUCAUCAGUGUACUUCCAGAACGCCCCAAGUCAACGUAAAUCUUGGCGUUUCUCUAAGGGCAAAAUGCAAGAUGAAGACAAGACGAUGAGACAAAGUUACGCAUCACUAAACACUGUCAGCACACAAGAACUUUUGACCAGUGAAUUAAAGAAUAAUACAACUCUGCCACACGACCCUCGUAAAUCAAGUUUGGGUCUACGUGAUUCAGUAUUUUGGAGUAAAGAUCAGUCCUCAUCUCCAUUGAAGACUGUUUCUGAAGAUUCUGCACGGAGCGCAGAAGAGAAAAUUAAAUCUGAAUCUGCACAUAGUUCUAUGUCAUCAGACGAUUUAAUACCUAUGAAACAGGAAGACGGCAGAUAUAAGUGGGUUGAAAACGACAGACCAGUACGAAAGCAUAGUACGAAAAGAGUGGGUUCCGUUCGUCAAAAAGUUGGUGUUGAUAUCAGAAAUGCAAACCAGUUUGCUGGCGAAUCACCCGAAAGAAUCUAA